UGGGAUCGUUCUCUUUGGCGAAAGUCAUCAUGGCUACCCAGAUCAGUAAGAAGAGAAAGUUCGUAAGCGAUGGACUCUUUAAAGCUGAACUCAAUGAGUUCCUAACUCGUGAACUGGCUGAAGAUGGCUACAGUGGUGUUGAGGUCCGUGUAACUCCUAUCAGGACUGAGAUCAUUAUCCUGGCCACUCGCACACAAAAUGUCCUGGGAGAGAAAGGACGAAGAAUCCGUGAAUUGACAUCAGUCGUACAGAAACGUUUUGGAUUCGCAGAAGGAACUGUAGAGCUCUAUGCUGAGAAGGUUGCCACUAGGGGACUGUGUGCUAUUGCACAGUGUGAAUCCCUUAGGUACAAGUUGAUUGGUGGAUUGGCUGUCAGAAGGGCGUGCUAUGGUGUACUUAGGUUUAUCAUGGAAAGUGGAGCCAAGGGAUGCGAGGUUGUAGUGUCUGGUAAAUUAAGAGGACAGCGUGCCAAGUCCAUGAAAUUCGUUGAUGGUCUUAUGAUCCAUGCUGGUGAACCAACCAAACACUAUGUAGAUACUGCAGUCAGACAUGUGUACCUCAGACAAGGUGUACUUGGUAUUCAAGUUAAAAUUAUGUUGCCAUGGGAUCCAACUGGCAAAACUGGCCCCAAGAAACCACUUCCAGAUCAAGUCAGCAUUGUUGAACCAAAGGAUGAGCCUCUCCCCACACAGCCUACAUCUGAGCACAAGGGAGGCAAGCCUGAACAAGUUGCCAUUUAGAUCUUUACAGCCUAUAUGGUGACAAUGAACAUCAGCAAAGGUGAAAAAUCAACAACACCCUAAUGCAAUAUAAAUAAAAACUUACUCAAUUAUA